CCGCUCACAUAGACCUGCUGCCACCCGCCUGCUGAAGUCUUGUGACUUUUCCUCUGUGUAAACAUGCUCCUCGUCCUGAAGUUCGCGGGCCUGUGUCUGUGUCUCGGCCUCUGCCGGGGGCUGCAGUUCAACGACGUGGACGAGGAGGCUCCGUCGGCGGCGCAGACGUCAAAAUACGGCUCUCUGUGGCCUCUGCCGCAGGAAGUGAACAUCGCAGAGACAUCGUUCAAGUUGAGCAGCUCCACUUUCAGAAUUGUCGACUCCAAACAGUCUUCAGCUGGUCCGAGCUGCAACAUCCUGCAGAAUGCUUACAGAAAGUAUUUUGAAUACAUGUUUGGUGUUGCCAGAAAGCAGGAGUUUGGUAAAAACGGGAGGCCAGGCCUCUCGGAGCUGACAGAGCUGCAGGUGUGGGUCACAUCAGUUGACUCGGAGUGCGACGGCUACCCCAGUAUCACCUCUGACGAGUCAUAUGAACUGGCGGUGGAUCAGCCGUUUGCUCUCCUGGUAGCUCCGAAGGUCUGGGGAGCCCUGCGUGGACUCGAAACUUUCAGCCAGCUGGUGUAUGAAGAUGAAUUUGGAGCUAAAAACAUCAACGCCACAAAAAUCAAGGACUUCCCCAGAUUUGCACACAGAGGCAUUUUGCUGGACACCUCCCGACAUUACCUUCCCGUUAAAGCCAUCCUGACCACUCUGGAAACGAUGGCGAUGAACAAAUACAACGUCUUCCACUGGCACAUCGUCGACGAUCCGUCUUUCCCGUACCUGAGCCGCACUUUCCCAAAUCUGAGCCAGAAGGGCGCAUACCACCCGUACACCCACGUGUACACGCCUGCUGACGUGAAGAUGGUGAUCGAGUUCGCCCGGCUGAGAGGCAUUCGCGUCAUCCCCGAGUUCGACACUCCAGGACACACACAGUCCUGGGGAAAAGGCCAAGCGAAUCUGCUCACGCCUUGCUACUCUGGAAGCAAACCCUCCGGGUCCUUCGGACCGGUGAACCCCAUCCUGAACACAACCUACGACUUCAUGACUCAGUUCUUUAAGGAGAUCAGCAGCGUGUUCCCCGACGCCUAUGUUCACCUGGGAGGAGAUGAGGUGGACUUCACAUGCUGGAGAUCCAACCCGGACAUCCAGAAGUUCAUGGAGGACCACGGCUUCGGACACGACUACAGCAAGCUGGAAUCAUUCUACAUCCAGAGACUUCUGGAUAUCGUCACGUCUACAAAGAAGGGCUACAUGAUCUGGCAGGAGGUCUUUGACAACGGGGUCAAGCUGAAAGCAGACACACUUAUCCACAUUUGGAAAGGAAACCAGCAGCAAUACCAGCACGAGAUGGCAAGAGUAACGUCUUCAGGGUACCAGACCCUGCUGUCCACUCCCUGGUACCUGAACCAUAUCUCCUAUGGCCAGGACUGGCAUGACGCUUACAAAGCUGACCCGCGGAGUUUCAAUGGAACUGAGCAACAGAAGAAGCUUGUGAUUGGUGGAGAAGCCUGUAUGUGGGGAGAAUAUGUGGACGCUACCAACCUCACACCCAGACUGUGGCCUCGUGCCAGCGCCGUAGCAGAGCGGCUGUGGAGCCAUCAAAACGUGACCGACAUCAAUGACGCCUACAGCAGGCUGUCUGCACAUCGCUGCCGUUUGGUGGAGCGUGGGAUUCCCGCUGAGCCGCUGUUCUCCAGCUACUGUCCACGGGAAUACAAAGCUGUAUGAGAAGCGACUGUAGGCCUGGAGCAGGCCACCGGAGGGAGAAAGGGAAGUCAAUCCAUACACUAUCAACUACAGGAUAUAUAUUUUUACAGAACUGUGAAAAUCAAGUGCUGAACUGCUUUUCCUAGAGAUUUUGAACAGAUGUACAGUAAGACUGCCUUAUUGUUUUUGAACAACGCCACUUAACAAAACCCUCAGUCGCUUUUAAUGUCAUGUCAAGACAUUUAAGUUUCAAUUGCACUGUUUUUUUUUUUCUUUUUAAUGUUUCUAUGCUAAAAUACCAUUAAAUUGGUAAUGAUUAAGUAUG